AUGGUCACCUUUCGCGCCUUGUUGGGCAUAUUUGUGCUCGGCACUUGCGUGGCCGCGCAGCCUAUCGCCCGCAGUGGUGGCACCUCCGCAGCCGAGCCUGAGCUGCUCUCAAAUUCGCUGAACUCACGCCUCUCCCUUUCGAAGCGAGCCAUCGAUGCCGAGGUGCCGGAUGCUGCUGGAGGAGCUAGUCGUGAAUACGGGGUCUGGUCACCAGGCGACACGCUGCGUAUCGCCACUUUCCUGGCAGGCGAUCACAACAUCUUCCCGCGCAACUCGCUCGCAACCCCUGCUGUGCAGCAACUCGCCGCUGCGUACAGGCCGUACCAGCGAAACUUUCCUGCCCGUGGGCUCCCCCGAGACGGCCUAUCUGCGGAUGCAAUAGUCUCCCGGCUGUUUGAGGUCGAGGGCCGCAAUCGGCUUCGACAGAUGCAGAGCGUGCUUGAAACUGUGAUCGACAACGCACUGGCUUUCAGGCUUGAUCAAACUCGGAUCCAAUACCUCGAGGCUUUGCGUCGUCGGUUCCACGUCUCCGAGCAGAUCUUGACGCCGACAGCGACGGAGAUAGGGGACAGAGCGGUGACGAGGACUCCAGCUCCUCCGGUCGUGUAUGAUUCGGCGUACUUCGACAGGAUGGCUGCACACAUAGAAUAUCUGGCUCGUCGUAUGAAUACUCGCCAGAUGAUUGUGUCGAGAACCACGCCUCCGUUGGCGGUCAACUUUGCACUCCUUGGACACCUCGAGGACGAGCUUGACAGGGUCAUCUCCACCCCUUUCGCUCCUUCUCGCCAGCUCAACACUUUGCUACAACUUCAUCCGCGCGGUGUUUCCGACGAACAGGCUGCGCAUCAGGAGGGUCGGACGCUCCAGCGCAGAGACACCUGGACCUCGUUCGACGAGCAGGAGGCAGAGGAAGAAGCGCUUGGCUCGGAAUCGAAUACGGGAAGCCGCAAGAUGUUGAUCAAGCGCCAGACCAAUAAUGUGCGAGAACAUCUUGGCGGCCAGAGGUGGCCGAUGCGAGAGAUCACCAUGGAGGAGGCGCUCCAUCGCAACGCUUUGGAACCGACCGAUCCGGGCGCCAUUCCUAUUGGCGAGUUUUGGCGAAGGAACAUCGAUCUCCUGUCUCCCAUGCGUGGCAACGAACGACGCCGGUGGCAACUCGCCAGCAUGUACGAGCACUACCGGCAAACUGUCGCGAUCACCGGCACUGCUCUGAACUUCCAUGACCAUAAUGCUAUCGUGAAGGAGACAUACAUGUCCGUGGGUCGCGACAGGUUCCGGCACAUGACGCCCAUUCUCAGGUAUCUGAUCGAGCAUCGCAGCCAGUUGCGCCUCGACCCUGUGCGUGUGGCGUAUCUCGAGGCGCUGUUUGUCCGUUUUCAAGACACCGAGCGACUCUUGACGCCAAGCGCCGAGGAGCAAGCCAACGAGAUGCUGCGCCACGCUCGAAUCAUAGAAGAGAACGUAGGGAACGUACGAGCCGUUCGAGCUGCCCUCGGUUCAAUGAACGACGGCUCGGAGCGCAUGCUUCACCGCAUCGGCUCGGCGAGGGAAAACCUUUGGCGGAUCCUGCAGGACAUGCGCUUUGUCAACCAUCUGGAGAAGGAGAUCGAGGAGAUUGUGGACAAUCCCGCGUCCACUGCAGCACGCGGAGUGCGAAGGCUAGUGCCGCGUGAUCAUGUCGAGGAACACGGAGCCUAUGCCGACAAGGAGAGGGCCAAUUUGAUCGAGAAGCGUGCCAUCCAGGAGCAGCCGCUCACGGAUGAGGAGAUGCGAUCGGCACUCAGUGGCAUUAGCAUGCACCUGCAGGACGUAGCCGCACGACCUAUUGCAACUUGGCGUCUUUCCGAGGCUAUGCUUCUGCUGCACGACCGAGUUCCCCAAAACCUCAAGGCGGUUCGGCGCGGCGGCUGGGUAGCCUACCGAGCCAACCAUCCUCGCAUUCCUUUCGAUCACGCUUUCCUCUCGGAUCAAGUCCGUCUAGCGCCCUACUUUGACACCGACAGGGGCGCGCGAUUUGGGAGCGCCAUCCGCGUCAUCGACUCGCUGCUUAGUAGGCGAGGACGACUUCAGCUGACCGACACGAGUGUCGCGUAUCUGGAAGCGCUCAAAAUUCGCUUUCAGCGGACUGCCGGGUUGAUGUUGCCCUUGCCGAGCACGGCACGAGCUCAGAUUCGGAGCGAGUUCAGCCAGGGCACGCCCAAGGAACAAGAGCAGAUGCUGCGAAACCUGCUGUUCGAUCGCAACCUCCGCAUCCGGCAGAAUGCGCGCGAGGUGAAUAUCGACGAAUCGCUCCUGCUGAGCUUCGAAGGCGAGAUGGACUACUUCCAUCGCUUGCCGAUGGUGUAG